AUGCCCAUCAUUGGAGCACCAGUUCCUGGAUCAAAAACAGAUGGAAGGAAAAUGAGAGGUGACUUAUGCGUGUCUGGAAGCAAGGACCGCUCAGAGUUCCCUGAGCUAAGGGGCACAUCAAGGAUGCUCAGCCAUACCAGGCCUGUCUCCUCUUCCUCCCUGGAGUAUAGCUUUGUCCCAGAAGAGAUUUUUCGAACUCUGACUUCUGCUGCCGGCUCUCUCUCCAGCCCAGAGCACCUGCGAUCCCCCCAAACGACAAAAAACGCAGCGGGCCUCAAGGGCUGCCUGCAGACCCCCGACGGGCUUUGGCAUUACCCGAAUCGCCGCAACAAGUUCCGACACCUUACGGACCACCCCGUCAGCCUGACGGGAGCUGGAAGGGAUAUCUCUUACCUGUGUGACAUUGUGACCGGCCGAGAAGAUAAAAAAUCGGGGACUCCCAGGAGCUUUUUUUCCGAGCGUGGUCAGGAGCAAAGAUGGAGCAGAGCUGGGGGUUUGUGCACAUCAUUUAUACCAAUGUGUUCCAUGCUCUGCUCUCUUUUCUAUUUCUAGCAAGCAAAUGUGGCAGAGAGUCUGGUUCCAGAGGAGUUUCACAUUGUGAAGAACAGGGGAGUUUUGCCCUUGAAGUAUUUUGAUGAUAAAUACACAACUCUGCUUGAAGACCAUGAAAAGAGGCUACGACUAUUCCCAUCCAUGAAACCUUCGGGGAGGUUAGAGGUCGUCCAGCUGAUGGAGACCAUGGACAGCAUGUUGGAAAAAGCUGGAGUAGACAAUAAGCUAAUUGGAAUAACAGGACCUUCGCAGCUGCACAAUAUGCUGGAGCUGAUGAAGGCAGAGCAGAACAUUUACAACAUAGUUUUCCAUGAGCUGAUUCGGCAGGUCAGCGUGGACUGCGUAGAGAGAGGACAGCUGCUUUCCAAGCUCAGGCAGCGCUAUGUGAGUCUGCUGGAGCGGAUUCCUCAACAGAUCAAGACCCUCCACAAAGAAAUGAUGGCCCAGCGCUUGGUUGAUAGAUAUAUUACAGAGGAGUUAUUCUAUUUCAAGGAAUCUGUUGCACAGCUGUCCAGAGAGCUGUAUGAGCUACGAGAACAUGACCACAACGUGACCAGAGAAGCAGAGCAAGCUCAACAGGAGCUUGCUGCAGCAGUGCAGGAGGCAGAGAUGAAUGCAAACCUUGUAGAAGAGUAUCGUGAGUUAUAUGAGUUACAGAGAACCAGGCUGGAAGAGCAGAUUCUUCUGCUAAGCCAAGAGAGAGACAUCUGGAGCUCAGCUACCUAUGAUCUGGCACUGAAGGUGAUAAACAGAAACCGGCUCAUAUUGGCUCGCAAGCUCUAUGUUAGUGAAAAGACACUGACCAAAGUUCUCAAACAUUUCAUAGUCCUCUUGGCAUCGCAGGACACAAGAGACCUUGCUGGUCUGCAGGAGGAGACUGAGCAGUUCAGAAAAAUGCUGGGUUGCAUCGGAGCAGAAAUAGAUUGCUUUGAGGAAUCCAGCAAGGAAAAACUGCACGUUGUCCGCCGAGGCCUCGCCAACUGGCUUCAGUACUUCCAGGACAAUAUCUUUUCCUCUCCAGUGAAGGAAGAGCUAUUGGACGAAAUGCUACAAGAUAUCAAGAACUUGGAAAAUAUGUUAGAUGAAAACCUGCAGCAGUAUGAAGGGGAGGUGUACCUAACAAAAAUGGAAAGUCUGCAGAACGUUUCCAGUCUACAGGAACACUGGAUAGAGCGAGGACACAAGGUGCUGAAUCGACACCGGGACUUCAAUGGAGCGUUGCCUCCGGAGCAUGCUACCAUGGAAGAAAUAAACCAAAGAGCAUGUGAACUCUGCCGACAAUAUCAAAUAAGGAUAAGUGGGGAUAAUGGUACAGCUAAAUUUUUGACAGGCUUGGUGAGAAGCAUGGAAGAUUGGUUAGUUAGGGCGCAAAAGCUGAAGCGAGGUUGUGGCAUGCACGAAUCUGAGCUGCAGGCGUUUCGUCACCCGCUUCCCGCAUGGUUGGCCCAGGUGGAUGCUGUGAUAAGCUUCAUAGGCUCUGGCCAGUUGCAUGAAGAUGAGAGCGACGAGAGACCACAUCUACCAGUGAUACCCGGAGAAGUGUUUAAAAUGAUUCAGCAAUGGAUUCUAUCCAUGAAUAAUGAGACUGAGAAGAACAUAACUCAUCUUAACCAAGAAGUGACUGAACUGCACAGAAAUCUGACCCUGUGGCUGGCAAAUUUGCUGAUAUACAUGGUCCCGGACAGUUUGUGCUGUGAGUGUCCCCAAAGGCAGGAUGCUGAUAUGGAAGAGGAACUCAGAUUUCUGAGUGCUCAUAAGCUGGAAGAAGAAGCUGAAGAGCUGGUUGCCAAGAUCAGCAGACUCUCUAGCUAUAUAAUCAGCUCCUGCCAGGAGAUUGUCAGCACUAUCCUUUGGAAGAAGCAGUCAGAGAUGGAUUUAGAAGAUGACUUGGAAUUGCAGGAGCUGAAUAAGAUCAAGAUUGAGUGCUGGAAUUGGAUUCAAGCAUGUAGUCUCAUUCUUUCAGAGAUCAAAGGCACUCCAGUCUCCUUUCUGAAUUUAGAAGAACUGAAAAAACUCUUUGGGUCAGAGGCAUUGCAACUGAAGCUUAAGGAUACUGUUGUUCCUUCGUCUCAGGAAGGGUUUGAAGCUGAGGACAUCAACAGUGAUAAGAAACCCAUAAUGGAGGAAGAAACACUGAAACAGCAGCCAGGGGCUGGCACUGAUUUCCUGACUGAAGAUGAUGAAGCAACUGCAGACAUGAUCAGAUAUGUAGGACAUGACUUCAAUAUCCACCUGAAGUCCCUGAAGUCAGACAUCAUUUCAGUCACUGGGAGGGAGAUGACUGCCACCAAGUCAUCAACCUCCUUUUCUCAGAAAGAGUUUGAAACCCUGGCAAUGGUGGAGCACCUGCAAGCGCGGCUCUUGGAAACAGAGAUCCGUGCUCAGAAUGCAGAGGAGAGAUCAGAAUGUCUUGAAGAGAAGCUGGAAGAAGCUCUGGAGAGAAUCCAGGAGUUGGAGAAAGAGCAUAAAUCUGUCCCAGAAGCAACAUCUAAACAAGGGCAAGAAAAAAAUUUUCAAGAAAAAGUGUCAGAAGCUCUGGCUCAAAGGGCUCAAACUUCGCCCAAAGCUUCUACCUCUGGCCGAUCCAAGAAACCCCGCAAAACCAAACAUUAA